AUGGAGAAAGAAGGCACUCAAGGUGGCUUAAAAACAGCCGGAACACUCUUACGUGGUUCUGUCUCUUACAGACUUUACUUCAAGGGUUUGGUAAGGGAGGACACAAGAGGGUUAUUGGCAGGAUUUGGGGUUGCAAUUUGCGACCAAAAUGAUAAUAUCGUGUUUCAGAUGAAAGGAUCACUUCAUGACUCCUCCGUUACAGUUUUGGAGGUUGAGCUUAUGGCAUUGAAGCGAGGACUAACCGAAGCUGUAACUUUGGGGAUUACUCAUAUCUCAAUCUGCUGCGAUCAUCAUCAAAUUUUUGAACUGGUCUUGGGAAGAUCCGUGCCUGAGAAAGAUAGCAUUGCCUUGCUAAUGGAAGAUGUGGAACGCAUCAGACAACAACUGACAUCUACCACACCUGUUCUUGUGACUGGAAAUCAAACCAAGAGUGCUUACAAGCUCGCAAUGGAAACACUAGUUUCUGAAAUCAGCAUAUGUAUGCCUCCUCAUGCUUCUGAUGAUCAGAAGACGAAGAAGAAGGAUUCUUGCAGAUUUUGUUUCGAAGAUGGUUUUGAAGCCGAGCAGAUGUUUUAUGUCGCUGUAUGCCGUCAUCAAUUCUGCGUGGAGUGCAUGAAACAUUACGUAGAGAACAGUCUACUCAGAGGCUGUUUUCAGAUGAAAUGCCCUAAACACGAUUGCAGCUCUGAGUUGACUAUUAAAAGCUGUGCCAAUCUUUUGUCACCUAAGUUAAGAGACAUUUGGGAAAAAAAGAUCAAAAAGGGCUCGAUGGAUGAUCCGUGGCAUGAAUGUAAAAAGUGCCAACACAUGAAUGAAAAUUCAAGUGGAAACUUGCAAGUAACUUGCAGAAAAUGA